UAGAAACUAAGAAAAACCGACGUCUUCAUCAUCUUUCAUCUUUCAUCUUUCAUCUUCUCUCUCUCGCUCGUCCUUGUUGUUGGAUCUCUCCCUCUCCCUGAUUAAUCAGGGGGUUUCUGCGACGAAGCAAAAUAUGAGACGAAGAAAUAUGAUGACUGGUUUAGACAUGGAGCAGCAUUCUCAAAUCUUUCUCGGUCAUCCUGAACCAUGCAUUGGAACUAACUUUCUGUAUCCAGAUAACCCACCCGUGAACAUUGUUCCUCAUUUAGAAGCUCCUUCUCUGCAAGAACCUUAUGACAACAACUCAAUGUUCUACGGGCCUCCCCAGCAGUACCAUCUUCAACGUGCUUCAAAUCUUGGUUCUGCCAUGUCAACCGCACCAAAUUUCUAUCCCCCUUACGUGAACUAUGAAGCUCCACCGAGUUAUAUGUUGUCUCCUGGAAGUUAUGGUGCAGUCGUUGGAGCUACUUCCGCUGAACAUGAGAGAAAUCCCCAUUUUAUGGAUCAGGGAUACAAAAGAAAGAGUUCUGAAGGAAUGCCUGGAAAUUCUCAGUAUCCAUUAGCAGCUCCGUGUUCUUUCCCUCAAUUAAAUUCACAGGAGGCAGCACCUAUCUCAUUCCCACAGUUUGGUAGUUAUCCUCAACCACUAGAUCAGGGAAGUGUGAGGAACAUAGCAGGAGCAGCUACAAUGGAUCCACUUCUCUCUCAUGGUCAUAACAACUUCAUUCAAGGAAACUAUGCAGCUCAUCCUUUUCUACCUCCUGGCUCAACCUGGUAUGAACAACACUGUAAUAGCAGCAGAUCUGAUGGAUCGUCUUCGCAUUGGUCCCAAGCACCCCCUGCACCUUAUAUGCCUGGUAACGUUGUUCCUGGAUCCAUAGACUCUGGUAAUGUCUGCUUCCCAAGAUACCAUGAAACAUCUAGUAGCAGAAACCCCACACCACCAUCUGUAUACCCAAGGAACCACUAUAUUAGCAAUCACCCGGUACCUCCUCCUCCCAUUGUAUACCCCCACAUGCCUUCAGCCUCAUACACUGAAACUAUGCAUGCUACUUCAUACACUCACAUGGGACCCGUUCAAUCAACCGGAUUCAGGAUAAACCAACAACAUCCUCGAGAAGAUUAUGUACCUGGAGCAAUACUAAGGCACCAUGGUUUUCCUCACCUAAGAGCAAUUCCCACAGAUGAAGUUGCACUUUGGGAGGCGGGCGAGUUCUACAAUGAUGAUGAUUAUGUCGAUGAUCAUCAAGCCAUGCGCUUAGAUAUAGAGGACAUGUCAUAUGAGGAGCUUCUUGCUUUGAGCGACCAGAUUGGAACUGUGAAGACUGGCUUGUCGGAAGAAGAUGUUAAAGAUCUUCUGAAAAGAAAAACCUCAUUAGCGACCAGAAUCAACCUGGAAGAAGCUCCAUCUACCGAUCUAGAAAGCGAUUCUUGCACAAUAUGCCAGGAAAACUACAAACACCAAGAUAAGAUUGCAACGCUAGAUUGCAAGCACGAGUACCACACAGAAUGUUUGCAGAAGUGGUUGGUUAUCAAGAACGUGUGCCCAAUCUGUAAAUCAGAGGCACUGGUCAUGGAGAAGAAGAAGAAGCUACGGUUAAGUAGUAUAGGAGAAGAGGUUACUGCGGAUUCAAACUAAGAGAGGUUACCCGUACGCAGAUGGUUUUUUUAGACGUGCUUUUUUAUCUAUUGGUUUUAUAAGAGAGAGAGAAACAGAGUCAGGGUAAGUCUCCAGCCCCAAAUUCUGUAAAUUUGUACUUUUGUGCACAUAAUUUGUGGUGACAGUCUAAAAGCUGAGAUUGGCUUAGUGACUAUAAAAAAACUGUACAGGCUUCUUUGGUUCAUUGCACAUUUUGGUUGCUCCCCUGAAGUUUCUUUUACAUUCUU